GUUUCCGGUUUCAAUAUCUGAUUCCCAGUGGCACUAUAUCUCUAUUGGAGUGUCCUCCAAAGGGCUGACACUGUAUGUAGACUGUGUCCUGGUUGAGAGAGUGAAGUGGGUUUACCCCUACAUGGGCAUUACUACUGAAGGACUUCUGACUGUAGGUGGGAUCCUUGAAGGAUUUGAGACACCGUUUGAAGGAGAGCUGAGACAGAUGACCUUCCUGAUGGGAGACUCAGACACCGCAAAAGAUCACUGCACCCUCUACAGCACCGAGUGUGGAGUCUCAAAGGCUCCGCGGUCCACACACAAAACACAGGUCCCUAAUCUUUCCUUGAAUGUCAGUGAUCUAACAAAACAUAACACAAAAUGGGAUCUUCACACCUUAGACCUUAAGAAUGUGAGCUUUACGGUGGAGAACGACGUUGAAGCUGAUAAACCCCCAGUAAUCACUACAAAGAGUACCAGCAAAGGAACCAAUGACCGGAGAGUUCUCACCUCUAUUGAAGCUUUGAGCCAAAACACAAGCACAGACCGGAGAAAAACACAAACGGGACCUUUAGACAACAUCAUUGACCUUGAUUCACCCUCUGCCACUGAUUUAGAAAAGUCCUUACAGCACCCCACUGAAACCCAAUAUAAACAGCCUGACCGAAACGUACUGAGGACUGAGGAGGACCUCCUGCCACCCACUAUAUCAUCUGACCCUUUGAAAAAUGGACCAAAGACGGCCACAGAGGACUAUGGAGGACAGGACAGGAUCCAAGUGAUUGGCAUUGAGCACGCCACCGUGCAGCAGGCUUUUCCAAAGCAUGGAGAUAUUAUCACAGGUCUGGAUGGAAGGCCGUAUAAACUCUUGAGAGGAGCUCCAGGACCACUUGGGCCUCCCGGGCGGAGAGGAUGUGCUGGGCGUGAAGGUUUUGUUGGGUUUCAAGGUGACAAGGGCUCCCAGGGCCCAGUUGGGAGGGUCGGGUUGAGGGGGGAGCCGGGACCCCCGGGAUUUCCCGGCCUGCCGUCUCUCUAUCUGUGGCGGAACACCCCGGAGGACUGGGCGGCAUUUAGGUUGGACGCAUCUAAAGACAUGGAAAUUAGAGUCAUGCUGGGCCAGGGCUGGGACUGCCGUCGCCAGGGCUCCAGCCCCAGCUCACAAGGACCUGCUGUUGGCAACAGGCAGCGCUCCACUGCAGGGCUGACGCCCACUGGUCCAGACCUGAGAGUGACCUGCCAUCUCUGUGGCUGUGCCAGGCUGGUCUACCAUUACUGA